UUGUAUUCUCCUGUCUCCUCAUCGGUCGUUUAAACAUUUCUCUGGUUCUGUUUAUCUCUAAAGCUUACUAUUCAACGUCGUUUCCUGACCGUCCGAUGAUUUGACUUUUUACCGAUCAGUUAGUUGACUUCAAACCAUACGGCGACGAUGGGUCAUUGUUACAGCCGGAACAUUUCCACCGUUGAAGAUAAGGACGGCGAUGUACCCAACGGAGUCGCCCAGCUUCAAAACAACCACCGUACGUCAGUUCCCAGUUCUCCAGUUGCGUCUGGCUCUACCGAAGCCAGCCCUUACACCAUUAGCCCAUUUCAAAGCCCGUUGCCGGCGGGAGUAGCUCCUUCUCCGGCGAGAACGCCGGGAAGAAAGUUUAAAUGGCCGUUCCCGCCUCCUUCACCGGCGAAACCGAUUCUGGCGGCUCUGAGACGGAGAAGGGGUACGGCUCCUCAGCCUCGAGACGGUCCUAUCCCUGAAGAAAGUGAGGAAGUCGAUGAUCAGGGAAGAGCCGGCGAAACCGCUGAGAGGUUGGAUAAGAACUUCGGAUUCUCGAAGCACUUCGAAGGGAAGUACGAGCUUGGGAAGGAGGUUGGUCGAGGGCAUUUUGGUAAUACUUGUUGGGCAAAAGCCAAGAAAGGGAAGAUCAAAGGGCAAACAGUAGCAGUCAAGAUCAUCGCCAAAGCCAAAAUGACAUCAGCUCUAUCCAUUGAAGAUGUUCGCCGAGAGGUGAAACUGCUGAAAGCUCUGUCCGGGCAUAGGCAUAUGGUUAAGUUCUACGAUGUGUUUGAGGACGCAGAUAAUGUCUUUCUGGUUAUGGAGUUAUGUGAAGGUGGAGAGUUAUUGGAUAGAAUCUUGGCAAGAGGUGGUCGGUUUCCAGAAGCAGAUGCUAAGCGUAUUCUUGUGCAAAUUCUAUCUGCAACUGCUUUUUUCCAUCUUCAAGGUGUUGUGCACCGUGACCUGAAGCCUGAGAAUUUUCUGUUCACCAGCAAAAAUGAGGAUGCAGUACUCAAGGUCAUAGAUUUUGGUUUAUCUGAUUUCUCCAGAUUCGAUCAACGUCUCAACGAUGUGGUAGGAAGUGCAUACUACGUUGCACCUGAAGUACUCCACAGAUCAUACGGCACUGAAGCAGAUAUAUGGAGCAUCGGUGUCAUAUCUUACAUAUUACUCUGUGGAAGUAGACCUUUCUACGGACGAACCGAGUCUGCGAUCUUUCGAUGUGUCCUUAGAGCGAAUCCUAAUUUUGAAGAUAUGCCGUGGCCUUCUAUAUCUCCUAUUGCCAAAGAUUUUGUGAGAAGGCUACUGAACAAAGACCAUAGGAAAAGAAUGACAGCUGCUCAAGCUUUAGCUCAUCCAUGGCUACGAGGUGAAAAUCCUGGUUUGCUUCUUGAUUUCUCCAUCUACAAACUAGUGAAAUCUUAUAUUCGUGCAUCUCCUUUCAGACGAGCAGCACUUAAGUCUCUAUCCAAAGCUAUACCAGAAGAGGAGCUUGUGUUCCUUAAAGCACAGUUCAUGCUUCUGGAACCAGAAGAUGGAGGCUUGUUUCUUCACAAUUUCACUACGGCUUUGACAAGAUAUGCUACGGAUGCUAUGAUCGAAUCUAGGCUUCCUGACAUUUUAAACUUGUUGCAACCCUUAGCACAUAGGAAACUCGAUUUUGAAGAGUUCUGUGCAGCUGCGGUUAGCGUUUAUCAACUAGAGACUCUUGAAGAAUGGGAACAGAUCGCAACUACAGCAUUUGAGGACUUCGAACGUGAAGGAAGCCGAGCCAUUUCAGUCCAAGAACUCGCUGAGGAGAUGAGUUUAGGACCAAAUGCGCAUCCAUUGCUCAAGGAUUGGAUCCGGAGUUUGGAUGGGAAGCUGAGUUUCUUGGGGUAUAAAAAGUUCUUGCACGGUGUGACUGUUCGAAGCUCGAGCUCGAGACCUACUAGGUGACUUCUAACUUUGCAAAUCACACCCUAAUAAUACUGUUGAGAAGAAAAGGCACCCCUUUGUAUUGAGCAUUUUGCUUUCAGAAGAGCCGUUCCAAAACCAAAAACAAACAAACAAACAUGGAAAGUAUUUCUUCUUUUUUUUGUAUUUUCUUUUUUAAAAUAUUCAUUUCGGUUUGUAGAGAAAGAGUUUAUAAAAUGGGUGGUGGUUGUUUGGCUCUGGUUUUGUUUCCUCUAAGCAGUGGUAUUGGAGGUGUAAUAA